UCAUCCUUACCCUACGAUACGUCCAUGUCCAAAUUAUCCAUGUUAAAUGCUAAUAGUUUUUUAAUUUUUAUUUUACUAUAAAUUCAGUGGUUCGCUGUAUUGCAGAUUCGUGAUUUUUUAUUUUUAAUAUUAUGCAGUAAUCAUCGCCUAUUACUUCAAAAAUUGGACAAUACAGAUCGGUCUGACAACCGACAAGCAAAAGUCUCUUCAUACAAAAAGAAAGCGUAACUGAACAAUUUUCAAGAAUGUGCUAAAAGUUACUACCAAAAAAUAACGAUAACGAACGGUGACGACUGACGUGUUAACGUGUGCGACGAUACGACCAGCAUGUAGCGAGUCUAGUGAUUAGUCUUUGAACGACAAUUAAACAUGCUGCCCUCCAAAUGCCAACAGCGUCAGAGCCGGAAUGACGGUGACAAUCAUGAAAGUGAACCUCUGCCUUCUUCAGAGAAUUUGCAGCUGACUAACGGCACUGGUGGGACGCUUCACCAAUUGCAGGCCACGAAAACUACAGUAAAAGAACGUUUAUCAUUCCUAUUUAACAAUGAAUUGUUUUCCGACGUCCAUUUCAUUGUAGGUAAAGAGGCGAAUCAACAAGUGAUACCGGCACACAAGUUAGUGCUAUCUGUAGGCAGUGCAGUCUUUAAUGCGAUGUUUCAUGGUGUACUGGCUACUAAAUCAGAAGAGGUUGAAUUGCCCGAUGUUGAACCAGCUGCUUUUCUACACCUGUUAGAGUUUCUAUAUUCUGAUGAAGUACGAAUUGACUCUGACAGUGUCAUGACUACGCUUUAUGCAGCUAAGAAAUACGAUGUGGCGGCGCUAGAGGAGCAUUGUGUUGAGUUUUUGAAAGCCAAUUUGGGCACUGACAACGCCUUUCUGCUGUUGACUCAGGCGAUAUUGUUUGAUGUGCCUCAGCUAGCUGCUUUAUGUUUGGAGAUGAUAGAUAAGAAUACAACUGAUGUAUUGAAUGCGGAAGAUUUUACAGAUAUUGAUCAGGACACUCUGAAUGCUGUUUUGGAAAGAGACACUUUACGUAUACGAGAGGCAAAGAUUUUCUCAGCGGCGCUCCGCUGGUCGGAGGCUGAGUGCAACAGGCGUCAGUUACAAGUGACGCCGAUAAACCAAAGAACGGUUCUAGGCAAAGCCUUCCAUGCUAUAAGAUUCCCCCUAAUGUCUGUUGAAGAAUUUGCAAUGGGACCAGUCAAGAGCGGCUUACUAGAUGAUAAAGAGAUUCUCGAGUUAUUUCUAUAUUUUACAGUGAACCCUAAGCCGAAUGUCGGGUUCACGGACACCCCAAGACGUAUGACUGGUAUAAAGCUGACAGUGAAUAGAUUCCCUCAAAUUAAUUGGCAGUGGCACUUGCCUAAUACGUCUGAGGUCACGUUCACUGUGGACCAGAGUAUCUUUGUCGUAGGAUUUGGGUUGUUUGGAUUUUACCAAAAAUCAAUAGAAUAUAAAGUUCAUAUACAGAUAAUCCACGAGGACACGAAGAAGGUGUGCGGCAGUAACAUCACCACGUUCUGCUGCGACGGCAGCGCCGAGAUCUCGCCCGCCAUGUUCAGGGAGCCCGUCGAGAUCCUGCCCGACACCAUCUACAAUGGCAGCGCCGAAUUUUGUAACAUGCAGGAAAUGCAGCAAUACUACGGCAUAGACGGGCUGGAGCAAGCCAUCAUCAACUACAACAGCGGCGAGAAGGUGGUGUUCCACUUCUCCGAUGUGGAGCUCGUGGACGUUUCCAGGAGAAUGAACCAGAUCCCUGCCAUCAUAUUCCUUAUAUAGACACGACAUCGGGCGACUGCAGCCACGGGGACGAGGUGGUGUUCCAAGCCAGUUGCAAUGGGGAUGAUGACUAGGUUUUAAUAUACUGAUUUUUAUGAUACAUUCGGGUAAAUAAGGUCAAUGUUAACUAAUUUAUAUUUAUCGUAUCGUAUCGUCGAUUUUUUUUUAUCGUACCUUACAUUAAAUGUGACAUUUUUCAAUAUGUGAACUAUAAAGAUAAACGCACAAAUAACAAAAAUAUUAGUAAUUUUGUUUGAACGCCCAUACAAACCUAACGAUCAGCGAGCCAACGACGUCACUAAAUCGUGCCAUUUUGUAUGGAGCGUUUUUCAGGGAUCCGCGGCAGCGCCGCAAAUCUGACUCUUUAUAUCCCUGUAGCUCCGAAAGUAAUGAUCGCAGAUACCCUGUUACUUUUACAAAAUUGCUUUGCUAUUAGUAUUCUCUUAAUUUAUAUGCAAUUUAAAAAAACUGUCAUCAUCCCUAUUAAAUAAAUAUCAAAUUAACUUAUAGCAAUGUGUUCUAAAAAUUUCGAAUAUUUUAUGUAUAAUAAAUACCUAGUAGGUACCUACGCUAAUCAUUUUACAAAUAUAUAAGUCAAAACAUGCACGAUUUAAAUAAAUAAAUGAAUUAAACAAAUAAAAAAACCCGACUGCAUAAAUUAUACAAAAACUGAAAAGAAAAAAAACAUGCUCAGUCCAGAAGUGUAGAAAGCAAUUAGAAAAUUGUUUUAUUAAAACAUUUUGUUACAUUUUAUAUUAAAGAAAAGCAAGCUAAGGUUGUCGAGCUACCUUUUCUAAAACCAUAUUGUGUAUUUUUUAGUAAAUUAAAUGUGUUAAGAUAAUGAUAAGAUAAUUAUGAUAAAAUGAGGGUAUAUGAGAAAAUUGUUUUGACACUGGCGGAGUUAAAACAAGCCGGAUGGCCUGAUGAACAUUCCAUUAUGUGAAUUGUAAUAAGUUUGAACAAUAUGAGGAUCGUUUUCAAGAGUGCGUUCUGGUGGUGGCAGUAGGUAUACUAUGAAUGUCAUGAAAAUUUGGUUAAAAUAUAUCAAGAAAUCAAGAAGCUAUGACGAAAUCCCCGAUAUUUUUGAGUCCCCCCUCCCAUUGAUUUGCUUGUAAUGUUUUUCUACUUAAAUAUUUUAUUAAAAUUAGGGAUUUGAACUGUGUACAUAUUAUUAGUAGGUAUUAUAUAUUUAAGAAAAAUAAUAAAUGAUAUAGGUAUCUAAGACAAGUUUUAUCCCAGUAAGUUAAUUUGUGAUUUUAUAUGCUAUCAUAAAAUAGACACAACAAGUAUUAUUGUCUUAAUAUUGACUGAUUUUCAAUUAUUCAAAGUUGUAUAAAACGCGUCUACGUUCAUCUUUUGGUACCACUGCCCUAUUUUUAAAAAAAAAAAUAUUGAUGUAUUUAUUAUUAUAGAUGUUAAAUAAAAGAUGGUUCAAGAAUGAAA